ACAAAAGGCUCGCAGCUUGCGGGCAGAUUUUCAGGACUUGGUUGAAGAUGAGCCGACCUGGCAGCUGCUUUAAUGAAAAAGGGGUCAAGCGAAAUGGAGAGGCGACAUGCUGUGUGUCUGUGCUGUCCGAUCCUCAUGGCACUCCUGCAACAAGGCUGCUGUCCGCCUUCAGGGAGGACACUCACGGCAAGAAGAUUUACCUGGCAGGAAAAGGUGAGUCCACUCAUCUGUUCAACCAUUUUCAGAGGCAGAGAGGAGGGCUUUUCGUCUUAAUUUACUAAGAUAACAUCAUGUUUUUAGUCUUAUGUUUGUAGUUUCCAUGCUUUUUAACAUAGAGGCCUACACUUUUACAGCAGCAAAUGACUAAAACAGAAACCUGUCAUUAGAUAAUGUUUCUAAAUGUACACAGGAACUCUAAAGCGCUGCAAAAAAAAGUACAAAAAGAUUAACGAUAUUGAAAUUAGAGCCUUUUGUGCCCAGUUUAAAAACACUCACGCAAUGGAUAAUCUUGAUUGGGUAACACUUUACAAUAACUAUAAUUCAUAAAUGGUAAAUAGAUAGUUUAUUAAUGUUUAAUCAUCAUUUAAAACCAGCAUAUAGACCAAUUAUAAAUGGUAAAUAGAUAAUAAUAGAUAAAUAAUUAAUUAUUAAUGGACUGUUUGUUAAAGGUUUAUAUAGGGUUUAAAUAUUGGUUGUAAAACAUCUAGAUUAAAAUGUGUGUCAGUAGCACUUUGUAAAUGGUUAAUAUUUAAUUUUUAAAAACAUCUAUAAAUAUUACUUUGCAACUGAUGUUUGUAAUACUUUAUAAAUGAUUAAUAAGUGGUUUAUAAACCACCUAUAAACAUUACUUAGACGGUAAUUGUAAAGUUAGGGUUAGGUUUUUAAAGUUGUUAAAUUUACAAUUUAUUAAUGGUCUAUAUGCUGUUUAUAAAUGAUUAUUACGCAUUAAUAAACUAUCCGCUUACCAUUAAUAAAUGGUCUAUUUACUAACUCUAAGUUAUGGUUAUUGUAAAGUGAUACCCUUGAUCGUUUCCUUACUUCCUUUUAUUAAAGCUUAAAGAUCCUAUGAGGAGUUUUUUAUGUUUGUGAAACAUAGUGAAUUUCAUGGUGAUACCUUCUUAAGAUAUGCAAAAGCAAACUAAACUAUAAUCAAUAAUUUUAUACCCUUGUUUUUAUUGUCCAAAGCCCAUGUGAGGUGGUAGGUCUCAGCCUCUGCAGCUGUAGUUUUUAAAAAUUUCACCUAAAAUAUUCACAAUGAUCUAUUUGACUGUCAAAAAAUCUGCAUGAUGAGCUCUCAUGGUGUGCAUUUUACAUCUGAUCCUCAGAUUAAAUUGAAUUAUUCUAUUCUCCAGCAGGGGCUUACACUGUAUUUGAGUUAUCAUUUCUAGAUAUUUGAAUGUAGAGCUAAAAAUGUGCUAAAAACGUUGCACUUCCUGAGAGUCUCAUCUGUCUCACGUUGAGCAGAUUAGUUGCUUUUCCAAUUUACUUUGACUUUUUUUCAUAUUCACACAGGGUAUUUUUGUCGAAAGUAAUCACUGUACCUUUUUUUUUUUAAACAGAGUUUUACAACGAGGAGGGGAAGACUUUUGGACUGGAUAUUGUUGGAAAAAUAAAGCAGCAGUUCAACACGGAUCCAACUAUUUGUCCAGCGUAUCCACCAUCUCUUGGUCUGACAGGAUUCACUCAACAAGUCACAGACGUCACUUUAGGGAAGAGCUGUCGGGCUUUAGUUGAAAACCGGGUAAAUGCAACAAUUCACUGCUCACAUUUACUGAACACCUCAGUUUGCAUAGAACCAAACAGGCGGAGAAGAACCAGCUGCCUGUUAUCAAUCAACACUGAUAGUACCUUGAGGCGUUAACAAGACAAAUCUGUAAAUACAAUCAGCUUCACCUGAAUUACUUAAUAUCAGGCUGUCUAAAUAAGAGAUGAUCAGUUUAAUCUUGUUAACUGAUCUCUUGGUGUUUUCUGACAUUUGUCACAGGUGUUCAGCGUCCAAACUCCUGGAUUUACCGCUGCUGUGCGUCUUGGGGCUGAACUCCUCAGACACUGGCACGGUGUCAGUGAUGACUGGUGUGGACCUGUCUACCUCUCUUCACCUUGUGAUGGUAAAUACACCCACACCUCAUUCUCACAGUGUCUAAGAAUACUACUACACCUGUGAAGAUGAUCCCAGUGUGAUAAUAACCAUGUGUGAACCUCUUAUCUCAUUAUAGACUGACUGACAACACAAAUAACAUUUAAGUUAAAGAUCAGGAUAACAAAUGAUCCUCAAUGUCUCCCAAGAAUUUUCUUGCUAAACUCGGAAAAUAAACAUUGAGGUUUUUGCGUGUAGCAUUAAAACUUGGCAAAAUUAUCUUAUGAGAGGUAAACACUUUCCAAAAUCAAUGUUCCAACUUAAGUUUUGUAAAUGUAGAUGAUGUACAGGAAUGGAGAUUUGGCAAAUUUAAGUUUUGUCGCAUUGGUAAACUUUAAAAAGGUUUAGUCCUGAUUUUAUUGUGUAUAAAAAACAGUUUUUUCCCCAUCAUUAGACUAUCAGAGUUUAUUGGUAUUGCAGUUUUAGUAAAGUAACACAAAGUGCCUUGAAGAAAAAAAAAAAACAUUCACCCUGACCUGACUUAAUUAAAAGGCCAGGCUAAAAAGGUAAAGUGCAGAAAAAAUAAAAUGAUAAAUAAAUAUUGACUGAAUAAAAGCCAGACUGAAAGCCGAAGCACAUAAAGAGUUCAGAAGACAGAUAAAUCGCUAAGUGCAACACAUUUAAAAGUAUAAGUGACAAAGGCUGGGCUCUUGAGUCUCUUUUUUAAAAUGUGAGGAUUAUCUGCUGCCAUCAGGAAAACUACCAAAGAUUCAAAGACAGCUGCAUCAAAAGGGCGCUUCAUAAAGAAGGUUUUGUUGUGAAUUUAUUGACAAUUAAAUUAUUAUUCCUGUGAAAGAGAGUUGAAAAGAUAAAAGUCCUCCAUUCGCCUUAAGAGAGAAAUUUCUCAUUCACAAUGUGCUCGAGAUGUUAUGAUUGAUUCUUAGUUCUGUUUCUAAUGUGAGGUUGAUAUUGAUAUUUACUUGACUGACAGUGGUUUGUAUUCAACGCUUUUUGUCAAGUUAGACUCUUUGAACCUUUGACAAGCAAGAAUACAGCAACAACACAGGUUCGCAGGCCUGAAGAAGCAUCCAUUAUAUUAGGUUAAAGUGUUUACUCCCUACUACUAAGAGUGAGUAUAAAGUGAGUGAAGUGUCAAAAGAAUGAGGAGCGUUAAAAUUGCAGGGAUGAUAAAGCUGCUCUGGUAGAUGGUUGCAAUUCAGUUUGACUGACUUUUAACAGCAGAUUUAGAGAUCACACUUUGUGAUUGUGUUAAAGGAUGCUAUUCAUUCAUAUUAUAAAAGAGGUGUGAUAAACUCAAUAUUUAUACAAGCGGUAUUUCCUCAUGGUAAAUUACAGAAUACGAGGACAUACAGAAGCCGAGAACGGCCAUGGAUUUUUCUUUUUUCUUAUGCACUGUUAUCUCGCGAUGACGACUUACUGUCUCGUUUUCUCGAUAUAACAAAGUUAGUUUUCUCUAUUAUUUUUUUUAUCUCGACGUAGCAAAGAUGGUUUUCUCAUGAUAACAAAAAUGGCAUUUUAGCCAACCACAACAGUAACUUUUUAAAACAUCCUCCAGGUUAGGAUAUUUCUGAAAAGCCGCAGCUACCGUCGUCAACAGCAAGUCGGGAUCAGUGAAAAUGCAGACGGCACGCUCUACUUUGUGCAUGCGCAUUACACUUUCAACGGUUCGUACAUGGCAGUUAAAUGUUCCCACGUUCAAAGUGUAAUGCGUAUGUGUGAAGUGGAGCGUGCCGUCUUUGACAACGGUGGCUUUGGCGUUUUAGAAAUUUGAAAAGUUACUGUUUUAGGUCGGCUAAAACGUCAUUUAUCUGUUAUCCAGAGAGAAAGAUUUUUGUUAUAUUGAGAUAAUGAGAUAAUAAGUUCUCAUCAUCAGUACUCGUCUUUAGUAGUAAAGUCUGGAGAUUAUAUAAGUUUUGAUCUUGAAUAAUUAAAUCUGCUUUAGGUCUCUAAUGUGUUGUCUUUGUCCUCUUUGCAGACUCAUUGGCUAAUAUCUUCAGGGCUGCGGGGGUCAAAGAUAUCCGUCGUUAUUCUUACUGGGAUGAUGAGAAACGAGGUGUUUCUUUGGAGAAGCUUCUGGAGGAUCUGGAUGAAGCUCCAGAACAGAGUGUUAUUGUUCUGUCGGCCUCUGCCCACUACCCGACCGGAGCUGAUCUCUCUCAGAAUCAAUGGAUGUCGAUUACACAGUUUAUGAUGGUAACUGAUGUUUUCUGCUUAUGCUGCUUUGAGUAUUUAUGCUACAGAAAGUGCAUUUCACUCUGAUGACUCUCUCUCGGCUCUCUUCCAACAGAAGCGUCAGCUUUUCCCUUUCUUCGUGCUGCCUGCUCAGGGACUUUGUCAUGGUGAUUUAAAGCGGGACGCCUGGCCUGUACAGUAUUGUGCAUCACAGGGAAUGGAGCUACUUUGUGCUCAGUCGCUUUCCCACUGCUUCGGACUAUAUGGUGAGGAAGUGGUUUCAAGAAAAGGGACUGGAAAUGCAAAAAAGAGUCUUUUCUACAAAAUUAAAGUGACAUGUGAUUGCAAAAAAUCAAUGCAAAGUUCUUUUCCAGCAACAAAUACACAGACAGUCAAUUUGCAGUUCAUUUUCACUCUUCCUGCAGUCAGAGAAGAGAGGAAUAAACUAUAAUCACAUUUUACCCAUCGCUACAGAAAAUUCAUGAUCAUUGUUUCUUUGGAGGGACUGUCACGCUUACUAUCUGGUGAGGUUUAUAUGAGAAUCAGGUAUCUCAUUGUGAGGCGGCUCAGUCUGUUCUUAUAUUCAUUUGGCCAGAGUCAGACAGUGUCUUUCAUCUUGUGUGUCGCUUUUAAACUCAAUUUUCAACGUAGGUUUUUGUGUGUGAUGACUACAUUACCAACACUGGAACAUCUUUUUUUAAUAUUAUUUACCCCCCACCUAUUUUCUUCCCUUCCUCCUAUCCAGGUGAGGCAGUGGGACACCUUGUGUGCAUCCUGGAGCAGAACUCCCUCCUGUUAUCUGUGCAGUCUCAAGCCGACAAGAUAGUGCGAUCACUCUGGGCGCAGCCAUCUGAUACAGGAGCACGUGUUGUUGCGACAGUGCUCAGUAACCCAGCCCAUUUUGUUGAAUGGUGAGUCGUGCUUUACCUCAAGGACAAUCUGAUAUAUAAAGAAUGUGGCUCGGACAGAAACAUUGCCAAUUUAUCAGUGAAUAACCACGAUGACGCUGAACUAAACUUGGAUUAAAGUAUUUAAAAGUACACAUGAUGAUUUUGAGAAGUUGAAUCUUAUAUUUAGAGAAAUGAUCUCUCAGUUGUUGUCUUCUGUGUUUCUCAGGCAGGGAGAAGUGAAGCACCUUGUGGAGAGAUGUAUGCUGAUCAGAGAGAUCUUGAGACAAAAGCUGAGGCUUCUGGGAACGCCAGGCUGCUGGGACCACCUUACCGAACAACGCGGACUCUACUGUUGCGCCGGCUUGAAUGGUGGGUAAAAAAACAACACAGAGACAACCACAAAACUUUGAAAACUGGCAUUUACAGCAUCCAGUCGCUGCUAUUUAUUCAUGGUCGUAUAAAGUGUUUUGGUUUACUCUGUGAGUGUGAUUUACGUCCUUACAUUUCAAACACUGCAUCACCGAAAGUUUUAGCCUCACCUUGGGGAUCUGUUGCUUUUCAUCUUUUUAAAUUCAUGAUGUACAUUACAGCAAUUCAUCAUGUAUCAUUUCAAAAAGUAGAUGAAAAAAAAAGAUGGGAAAUAGAAAAAUACAGAGUGUCCUUGUGUUUAUCUCGUGCCUCUUGGCUGAAUAACUAUUGUGCAGGAUGUUUUUGUUUCGUGGCCCAGUGAUUGUCUCCUGUUGCACACACUCUGGGAGUGAAUGCAGAAGUAGAUAAAGACACUAUCCAGAGCUGAGGUGUUGAGCAUAAUAGACAAAUUAUACUGAUAUGGAACCAUACGCAUGAGUGAAAUGUAAUGAGUGAAUGUUCUGAUGUUUGACGUCAUGCAGGACGCCUCGGAGACUGCCUCGGAGUGCACCUUGCAACUGUCUUUCGAGACUUGCUUUGUGCUAUCUCCCUCUUCUGAAAUACACAAAGACACGCACAAAUAAGAUCCCUUAUUGAACUCUGUUGCAGAAAGUAAAAUGAAAAAGAUAGAUAAUAGUAUCACGGUUAUUGAUGUGAGUCACAGUAUUUUCUUUUCUCUUUUAGGUGAGCAGGUGGAGUACCUGACGAACAGGAGUCACAUAUACCUGCUCCCCAGUGGUUGUCUAAACGUGAGCGCAAUCAACGGGCGUAACUUAGACUACAUCGCUGAGUCGAUCCAUCUGGCCGUGAGCGCUUCACUCUGACCUAAAGGGUCCUGAUCGGGAUCUGAAAUCAAUGUCAGAUCAGAGUCAGGUUCUUUCGACCCGUCUGAACACUUCAGACAUGAUCAAGACGCAGACAACAUGUAGAGUUAUAAUGAGUGCUUAAAACAACUCUGUGACCUGUGGUUUUAAAUGUAAAGUGUGUAGACUGUGUUCAAUCCUAUAUUAUCCUGUUUCCUAUAUAUCUGAGCUAGUCCUUCACUUUUGUUUAUCUGUGUAAAGACGUAGGGGUCCUUCAACAUCAGAGCUAAGUGUACUGAAGUUUUAAGUCUUCUUGGGUUUUAUUCUCAGAUUACAGGAUGUGUCGCAUCUAAGAUUGUUAAAUUUCUCUUCAUGAAGCAGAUAUAAAUUCAUACUAUAGGGUCCAGAGGAAUCGUGUGGAGGGAUAAGCCUCAGACAAGCAACUGCAUAUUGCUAACUGUACAUAUAAGGUGGGCGAUCUCCAGCUGUAAGACUCACUUGAGCUGUGCCCUCAGCAGAUCUUUGCUGUCUUUAUGUUUCAUACAGAACCUUCAAAUAAACAGUCGUAACUUUAUCACUCUCAGAAAUAACUCAGCUUGACUGUAUUUUCACACUUAAGCUCCUGCAUUUCUUUGCUUGUCUUUGCUUCUUUCAAAUAUCUCAAGUAAUCGAUUUUUUUUUCUCAUGCUGC